AUGACUGGCAAUAACAGACAACAGCUGACCGUAUCAAUACCGGAAGAGGGAAACGAGAAAAAAAAAAUUAUCUAUAGUCCCGAGUACGAGACUUCACAGCAGAUAAGAAAAGAGAAUGCUUUGAAGUUAAAAGGCACAGCACGUUUGGAAAGAAAAAUUUUGCGUAAAACAGAACGAGAGGUGGGGGAAUGUUCAGAUUUACUGAAUGCAGAACAAGUGCUGAAAGACAAAGAUAGCGAGAUCCAAGCUGUAAAAUUAAGAGUUGUAGAGAGGAAUCGUUCUGAGUUCUUUUUGGAAAGGAGCAUGCAAUCGGAAGAAACAUUAGAAACACUGGCUGACAAAGAUUGGGAAAUCAAACAAUUGAAAGUAUUGGUAGCAGAACAAGCAGAAGAAAUAAUUUUACUGUGCACAGAAGUGGAACUAUAUAAAACUAACAAGGAACAAUCAACUAAGAGUACUGAAAAGUCAAGUGAUUUCGAAAAAGAAACAUCAGAUUCAUUAAAUUUUCUUGUUGAUGGUGUGAAGAAAAUUCUGUCCGAGAAUGCUGAAGGAGAAUCACUGAAACCUGACAAAACUAAGAAGAUUAAAGUCGCAGGAGUUCUAAUAAAUGAGGACAAGUAUCGAAGUGCUCAACACUGCGAAUCAGUUCCUGAUUGUCUCAAAGAGUUAGUCUUGGGAUACUAUGAUCCCGAAGUCCAUACAGUGGUUGGAUGUCGACUGCCAGAUGGAGUCAGUAAAGACGAUUUUGUGAAAAUAACUCAAGAGCAUACCAGUGACAUUUUAAAAAUUGCCAAACAAAUGACGGAAAACCCCGAUUCACCUAUCGCAGGUAAACGUCUGGCUGAAUAUUAUGUUUUCCAAAGAAUGAAAGAUUUUAUGCGACCAAUUUUCAAUCAGAUCCGUUACGAUGGAAAACAAAAGAACAAUUCGAAAAUGAUUAAUCUUGAAGAAGCGUGACACGUUAAUUUUAUCUUGGAAAGAUAUAAUAUAAAUAUAUAAAAAAUAAUAAUAUCUUCUAAAAGAAAUUUACGAAGAGUGUAACAAAGAUUUAAGUAAUCGUCAGUAUUUUUUUGUGAUUAGAUGUCAAUCUCUUCUAGCUUAUGACUGUUACCGAAUUUAGGUUAUAAAAAUGUAUGAAUUCUUAUAAAAGAGAAUGUUUUAGUUACGUGUGAAUUUCGCGGCAUAAACUUAAAAUCGACAUUUCUUUAUUUACAACAAAAACAGCAGCAAAGCUGUUCAAUUUCAACGAAGAACUAAGGCUAGAUAUUUCUUAAAUUACUCUAUUCAUUAGUAUUAUUCUGUUUAUUUUGUUUCUCAUUAUUUUCUUGUAAUCUAAUGUCAGUAUUUUCUAGCUUAAAACUUAUAUUAUAAUGCAGAUUCUUUUAUCAAAGAAUUUUCAGAAAGAAAAAAGUGUAAGUUGCUUGUUAACAUUAGAUUUGUGCUUCAGCAGAAAGAAUUGGUCAAAAUUCCUCAAACAAAGUAUCUAAACAUUUUAAGAAAUACUCAAUUUUCAACGUAAAAUCAAUUGUUUUAUUUCUAGAUUGAUCAA